AUGCCGUCCAUGGCCUUGCGACUUCUUUUCGCAUGUCUUGCCGUCGCCGACGCUGACAGCGUGUGGGGACUCCGUGGCUCUGCGCCACGGGCUCCCGCGCCAGCGCCUGCACCGGCACCGAGCGACUCUUCCGAGGAUGGCACAGACAUUGUGGCUGGCGCACAGAACGCCGCCAAGGCCGCCCAGAUCCAGGCUGAACAAGCCCGGCAGGAGAUGGCCCUUGCCAGGAAGAUCGCAGCGGAGGAGAAGAAAGCCAAGCAGGCUCAGCAGGAAGCUGCAGAUGCCAUGCAGAAGGCCCGGAAGGAUGAGGCGGAGGUCAAGCGGCGGGAGUCCGCCGUUGACUCCGAGAAGCAGCGGGCGGAUGCGAAGAUGAAGCAGGCCGACAAGCUCGCGCAGACUGAGGAAGCCAGAGACGAGGCCAUCCGGCACGCCAAGGCCAUUGCCGACAGCGAGAUGGACAAAGUGCAGUCCGAAGAAGCCUCAUUGCACAAGGAAGAACAGCGAGUUCAAAGUGAGAAGGUGCAGGCCGACAAGGAUAUGAAAGCUGCGAAGCAAAGCAUGCAGCAGGUGGAGGCGAAAGCCGAAAAAGCCGACUCAGAGUUUGCGAGUGCCCAGCGAAUGCAAGAGCAUGCCCACCGCACGAAGGAGUCCGCAGACAAGGAGAUGGGAAAAGCGGAGCACCUCAUGACCCUGGCAAAGCGCAUGCAUCACGAGGAGCUGGAAGCCAUGGCCGCUGUGCGGCAGAUGGAAGCGCAGGCCAAGCACGACCUGCAAGUGGCGUACAACGAAAAGGACACUGCCACGCAGGAGGCCUCCACUGUUCACGAGGCAAGCACGAAGAUCCGCGCCCUCGAGAACGAGAAGAGGCGUCAGAUCGCCAUCGCGAAGCAGGAAGCAGCGAACGCCCAGCAAAUCGCGGCCAGUGCCGGAGCAGAGAAGCGUCAUGCAGACGCCGAGAUAGCCUCUGUUGCAGGCAUGGUUCGGGAGGGAAAAGCGGCGGAAGCCAAGGGUGAACGGAUGAUGCGGGAAGCCAGCCAACAGCAGGCGAACCUUACAGCAGUGCAGAAGGAGGCCGAUCAGGCCAAAGAAGCAGCAGAGACGAGCUUGGCGAAGGCUCAGAAGGCGGAGCAGACAGCUGAGGAGAAGGAGCAGGAGGAGCAGCAGGCCAUCGAGGAGGCCAAGGAGGCGAAGGACCGAGCCAGCAGCGAUGCAGAGGCCAUGGAAGAGCAUCUGGACAUCAAGGAAAACCGUUACCUCAAGUUGGGCCUGUUCUUGGCGACGAUUCUUGCUUGGGCGGCAUUCAUUGCUUUGAUUUGGUCACGGUACAAACAUCAAGAGCUUCACGACCACCAUCUCAACAUGAUUGUCCGUCUGAAUGGUGACAAGAUGGAGUGUCAGGAGUUGUUGCACGAGACCCUCGAGCGCAUGAGACAGCCUGGCGCGCAGCCGCAGGAGGCGCACACGCUCAGCCAGCCUUUGCUCGGAGAUUGCAAUGCAGAUCCGGCCCCCCCGACACCCAACAAGGGUGGCUGA